AUGGACACGCGGGUGGCCACAGCGGAGUUAGGCUGGACAGCGUACCCAAAUUCUGGGUGGGAGGAAGUGAGCGGCUACGACGAGAACCUCAACACCAUCCGGACGUACCAGGUCUGCAAUGUCUUUGAGCCCAGCCAAAACAACUGGCUCUUGACUACUUUUAUCGACAGACGUGGGGCACAGCGCAUCUACGUGGAGAUCCGCUUCACAGUACGGGACUGUAGCUCUAUCCCAAACGUCCCAGGUUCUUGCAAAGAGACUUUUAAUCUUUACUACUAUGAGACUGACGCUGUAAUAGCCACUAAAGGAACUGCAUUUUGGAUGGAGGCUCCUUAUCUGAAAGUGGACACAAUAGCAGCAGAUGAGAGCUUCUCACAGGUGGACUUUGGCGGAAGACUUAUGAAGGUCAAUACAGAGGUGCGAAGCUUCGGACCUUUAUCAAAAAACGGUUUCUACUUGGCUUUUCAGGACUAUGGGGCGUGCAUGUCGCUUCUGUCUGUUAGAGUUUUUUACAAGAAGUGCCCAAGUGUGGUCCAGAACUUUGCCAUUUUUCCCGAGACAAUGACUGGAGCGGAAAGCACCUCUCUGGUUAUUGCUAGAGGGAUGUGCAUAGCCAAUUCGGAAGAAGUGGAUGUCCCUAUUAAGCUGUACUGCAAUGGAGACGGAGAGUGGAUGGUUCCUAUUGGCAGCUGCACUUGCAAAGCUGGGUUUGAGCCGGACAAUGGGAACGUAUGCCGAGCCUGUCCACCGGGGACCUUCAAGUCGAGCCAGGGUCCAGGCCUGUGUCUCCAGUGUCCUCCCAACAGCCGCUCCACGUCUGAGGCAGCCACCAUCUGUGUUUGUCGCAACGGCUACUACAGAGGAGACGCUGACCAGCCGGACGAGCCCUGCACCAGUGUCCCAUCCAGCCCCCGGAACGUCAUCUCCUUUGUGAACGAGACGUCUGUGAUCCUGGAGUGGCACUCGCCCAGAGAGACGGGCGGCCGCAGUGACGUGGUCUACAACAUCGUGUGCCGGAAGUGCCGUGCAGACCGCCGCUCCUGCUCGCACUGCGACGAGAACGUGGACUUUGUGCCGCACCAGAUGACCCUCACCGACACUCGGGUCUUCAUCAGUAACCUGGUGGCGCACACGCUCUACAGCUUUGAGAUUCAAGCUGUGAACGGUGUGAGCAAUAAGAGCCCAUACCCAGCGCAGCAUGUCACCAUAGACAUCACCACCAACCAGGCCGCUCCUUCGAUUGUUCCCAUCAUGCACCAGAUCAGCUCCACCAUGAAUAGUUUCACACUGUCAUGGCCACAACCCGAACAACCCAACGGCAUCAUCCUGGACUAUGAGCUGCGCUACUACGAGAAGGACCACGCUGAGAUCAACUCCACCGUCCUGCGCAGCCAGACCAACACAGCGCGCGUGGAGGGACUGCGGCCAGGUACGGUCUAUGUGGUGCAGGUGCGCGCCCGGACCGUAGCCGGCUUUGGCAAAUUCAGCAGCAAGAUGUGCUUCCAAACCCUCACAGAUGAUGACUUCAAGUCGGAGCUGAGGGAGCAGCUCCCCCUGAUUGCAGGAUCAGCGGCCGCAGGAGUGGUCUUCAUCGUGUCCCUCGUGGCCAUCUCUAUUGUCUGCAGCAGGAAGAGGGCUUACACCAAGGAGGCUGUGUACAGUGACAAGCUGCAGCACUACAGCACAGGACGAGAACUCUCUUUGCGAGCCGACAUGUCUAACUGCCCCUCCCCACUGGGCUGCCCGACCCACUUCUCAGGCUCCCCCGGGAUGAAGAUCUACAUCGACCCCUUUACCUAUGAGGACCCCAACGAGGCGGUGCGCGAGUUUGCCAAGGAGAUUGACGUCUCAACAGUCAAGAUCGAGGAGGUCAUUGGAGCAGGUGAAUUUGGGGAGGUGUACAAAGGUCGACUAAAGCUUCCUGGUAAGAGAGAGAUCUAUGUGGCCAUCAAGACCCUGAAGGCCGGCUAUGCGGACCAACAGAGGCGGGACUUCCUCUCAGAGGCUUCCAUCAUGGGGCAGUUUGACCAUCCCAACAUCAUCCGCCUGGAGGGUGUAGUGACAAAGAGCCGUCCCGUCAUGAUCGUCACAGAGUUUAUGGAGAAUGGAGCUCUGGACUCUUUCCUCAGGCAAAACGACGGCCAGUUCACAGUCAUCCAGCUUGUGGGGAUGAUGCGUGGGAUCGCUGCUGGGAUGAAAUACCUCUCAGAAAUGAACUAUGUGCACCGAGACCUGGCGGCACGCAACAUACUGGUCAACAGCAAUCUGGUGUGCAAAGUGUCCGACUUUGGGCUUUCACGCUACUUACAGGAAGACACAUCUGACCCCAGCUACACCAGCUCUCUGGGAGGAAAGAUUCCAGUGAGAUGGACAGCACCGGAGGCCAUCGCAUACAGGAAGUUCACCUCAGCCAGCGAUGUGUGGAGCUAUGGCAUCGUCAUGUGGGAGGUGAUGUCGUUCGGAGAGCGGCCAUACUGGGACAUGUCCAAUCAGGAUGUAAUCAAUGCCAUAGAGCAGGACUACCGGCUGCCCCCGCCCAUGGACUGUCCCAGCGCUCUGCACCAGCUGAUGCUGGACUGUUGGCAGAAAGACCGUAAUGUUAGACCUCGCUUCACUGAUAUCGUCAGCACCCUGGACAAGAUGAUUCGAAACCCCACCAGCCUCAAAGCUAUUGCUAACAUUCCUGCAGUGCCUUCUCAGCCACUGUUGGAUCGGUCCAUUCCUGACUUCAACACAUUCAGCUCGGUGGAGGACUGGCUCGCUGCCAUUAAGAUGAGCCAGUACCGAGAUAACUUCCUGAACUCAGGCUUCACGUCUCUGCAGCUGGUGGCCCAGAUGACCUCAGAAGAUUUGUUACGGAUAGGUGUAACUCUGGCAGGCCAUCAGAAGAAGAUCCUGAGCAACGUGCAGACCAUGAGGGUGCAGAUGAGCCAGUCCCCGUCCACGUUGGCAUGA